AGUUUGAAUGUUAUACUCGACAUAAAACGUAUUAUUUUCUCAACUCUACGUUUAAAAGUUUCUGUGUUUUGCAGAAUGGUGAAUUACAUUCUGCUUCGUGCAUACUUCGGCUUCGACGAGUUUGAACGACCAUGGACAAAUUACCGCAAAAGAUUGUGGCGAUGGGACAAGUUUCAUCAGUUGGAAUGGAUUCGACUAACGAGCCAGUCCAUAAUUCCACCGCAUGCAUUCGAGAUUGAACGACGCGGGAAAUACAAAUUAUACCUUGCCCGGGUGGAGCACCAGGGAUCCAUGACGCCAGGAUAUUUUGAUGCAUCGAAAAAGAAGUUUUUAUUCGUGUGGGGCGGAGAACGACACGCUACAGAAUACGGAGAGAUCUUAUGUAUCUCUGGCAAAUUCGUGCCGUGUAGGGAUUCGAACACGUUGCUGCGUGCUACGCCGGUCGGUUUUUCGGAACAGGGUGAACCAUUGCACUUCGGGCGAGUGAAACGCUUCGGAAAGUUUUACUAUGGAAAGGUACAACGAUCCCAUGAUAGGGUGUGCUAUGUCUCUGUUAAUCGUAAAGAACGCGCCUUCACUAAAUAUGAUAUAUUCAUCAGAUCUGCGGUAAAACCGGCACCCCUAUUCGAGCCACCACCAACUACGGGGUUUGAAGACUAUGCCGAUGUUUAUUGGUGGUAAAACUUGAACUUUGGCCAGGAGUAAUGGGCAUAGCCUGCUUUUUUUUUAAUUGAAUGAUUAACUUUUGGGCCUUUUUUAUUAGUGAAGGUUGAGGAAACUCGCCAAAGCCCUGUUCAAAAGUGGUUUGUUAUAAUGUUUACUAGAAACAGUUGGUACCUCAAACAGAUUUGCAAUAUAUUUUGUUAUAAACUCUGACUUUCGUUCUGUGAUAUCAUCCGGUCGCUUAACACAAAAGAAUGAAUUGUCAACCAUCAGAAGAACCAGUUUCAGGAGCACUCGGCCGCGUGGGCUCGAGUCCCAAUCGAAACCGCACCCUCUGAUGGAAGGAAGCGUAAAUUUGGUGUUUAAAAAAUUCAUAUUUUAUUGUUUUUCGAGUUUCGACCAACACCGUACACAAGAAUGGAAAAGUUUACUGGUCAUCAAAUGUUCCGGUCCUGUGGCCACACCUGCGGUUGGUACUGUUGGUUCCUGUGCUGUAAUCCGUAGAAAGCCGAAUACACUUUCAACUUACAAAUUACAGACAAAUAAAAUAAACAAUU